AUGUUGCACCAACGCGAACGAGUACUGCAACACUACGAGCUGCAGGACGACUGCAACGGACCGAAAGUUUCUCCCAACAUCACGCUUCGAACUACUGAUGAUGCUUCAUAUGGAAAUUGCCUUUUCCACUUCGAAGCUAUUCGUCCCAAUGUCUUCCGCACCACCUUCUCAUCGCCGCAGCAUCCUAUUCCACCACACCCAAGUGCCAGAAGACCCACUCCCAGCUUCGGUGCCUUGACCCCGGAUGUGAGCACUGACCUUCACCGUCGUUCCCGUGUUAUUGAAAUUGGCAAGGUGAAAGCUAUAGUGGAGUGGGCUGGAGCUCCCAUCGUCUCUCUAUUCCUUGAGGGUGUACAGAAGCCCAUUCAUCAGGAUCUUCACUUUCGUUCAUACGCCAUCGAUGCUAGUGGCAUUGCUCAUUACGCGACAUACAAGAAGGAUACCCUCCAUGUCGGGCUUGGGGAGAAGUCAGCGCCGAUGGACUUGAGUGGCCGUGGCUUCAUCAUUUCCGCCAGUGACACCUUUGGGUAUGAUGCUUACCGUACAGAUCCACUCUAUAAGCACAUCCCACUGUUAAUUAAUGUCACUCCCACGGGAUGUGUCGGGAUUUUCUCAACCUCACAUUCACGUGGCACUUGGGCUGUUGGCUCGGAGAUCGAUGGCUUGUGGGGUCACUUCAAGGUCUAUCGACAAGCAUAUGGCGGACUCGAGGAGUAUCUCAUUGUGGGCAACACUGUUACGGAAGUCGUCCGAGCCUAUGCAGAGCUCGUUGGAUUCCCCUUGUUGGUACCACGGUACAUGAUGGGUUACGUCGGUGGCGGUAUGAAGUAUAGCAUGGAGGAUUCACCUCGUGGAUGCGACGCUAUUCUGAAAUUCAUCACGGACUGCGAGAAGCAUGACAUGCCAUGCUCCGCGUUCCAAAUGAGUUCUGGCUACACUGUAGCUGAAACCGAGCCCAAGACCAGGAACGUCUUUACGUGGAACCGACAUAGGUUUCCAGACCCUCGGGGCUUCACUCAGGAGUGUCACAAGAGGGGGGUAAGGCUCCUUGCAAAUAUCAAGCCAUACGUUCUUGCGAAUCACCCCAGCUACCCAGAGUUGUCCAAAUCGAAAGCUUUCUUCACUGACCCAAACACCAAUCACACAGCGGUCGCAAGACUUUGGAGCGCUGGAGGUGGUGAGAGUGGAGAAGGUAGCCACAUUGAUUUCACGUCCAAGGCGGGGUUCGACUGGUGGUAUGAAGGGGUUCGCGCUUUGAAGGAUGUCGGGAUUGACGCGAUGUGGAAUGACAACAACGAAUACAAUAUCCCGAACGAUGACUGGCAGUGUGCUAUGGAAACGGUCAACGCUCCUGAGAAAGACAUCCCCACACAUAUUGGACUCUGGGGUCGUGCGCUUCACACCGAACUCAUGGGAAAGAGUUCCCACAAUGCUACCGUCGAGGCAGAGCCAGAUACUCGCCCCUUUGUCCUGACUCGCAGCGCCACCGCGGGGACUAUGAGAUAUUGCGCCAGUUCUUGGAGCGGUGACAAUGUCACGAGCUGGGAAGGAAUGAAAGGCGCUAAUGCUCUAGCCUUGAAUGCCGGGUUUUCUCUACUCCAGUGCUAUGGGCAUGACAUUGGUGGCUUUGAAGGACCUCAGCCGACUCCUGAACACCUGGUCAGAUGGAUCCAGUUGGGGAUCCAUUCUCCGCGGUUCGCAAUUAAUUGCUACAAGACGAACCCCUCGGACAAUUUGGUGGGCGAAGUCAUUGAACCAUGGCAGUAUCCUUCCGUCGCUCCAAUCAUUCGAACAGCAAUCAAACGCCGUUACGAACUUGUCCCAUACACGUACUCUCUCAUGCUUCAGUCUCACCGGGAUGCUACCCCGCCACAGCGGUGGACAGGCUGGAGUUACGAGUCCGAUCCACUCGUUUGGUCCAACGAGGUGCUGAAGGGUGACACGCAAUACUGGUUUGGAGAUGCGCUUAUGAUCGCUGGUGUCUAUGAGCCUGGAAUUACGUCUGCGCGAGUCUACCUGCCGGGACGUUCCGGGGAUGUUGGCUUCCUCAAUCUUUCGGCACCCUACCAAUUCUUGGCCCCUGGAAAGUGGCACGACAUCUCGUCAAUUUGGCACAGUUCAAUUCCAGUGCUGGCACGCAUCGGUUCUGCGAUCCCGGUUGGUAAAUCGAAACCGACCACCUGUUUGGCGACCGAGGACCCUGAGUUCCCAAGCAUGGCCAAGGAUGACUGGCGGGGGGUUGAGAUAUUCCCACCGCCUAACAUCCAUAGCCCAGAGUUGCCAGCAGAAAGAGAUUCUCCUGAGAGAAAAAUUCCUCGGUCUACCAAGUUGUUUAAAACAACCUGGUUGGAAGACGAUGGUAUCAGCUGUGCGGAGAAGGCAGACCUUGUCGAAGCUACCAUCAAGUAUGGUGCAUCAGAGAAACACAUACAGAUCAGUGUAAGUGUUAAGAAGUGUGGAACCUUUGAGCCACUUUGGUUGGCAAAUGGAAUUAGUGUGAUACUUCCUGUCGGGGAAGAGCGUGUGGUGAAGAUGCUCGAUGGUGAGGAAGGCCUUCUCGAAGAUGUUGGACGCGAUGAGAGAGGUAGACGUAUCUGGAAGCUCCGUUUCAACGCUGAAGGGAACGUCCCUUGA